AUGAAUGAGAGACUGGUCAAAGAGGUUACGGAUUUGGAAAUCAAGGAAGCAGUAUUCUCAAUAAAGCCGGGAAGUGCACCGGGACCUGACGGUAUGACGGGCCUUUUCUUUCAACAAUUCUGGCAUGUAAUUGGUAAAGAAGUGGUGGCAGAGGUGAAAUUGUUCUUUCAAACUGGUUUGUUUCCGAAAGAAUGGAACUUCACCCAUAUCUGUCUCUUACCCAAGAUCAUAGAGGCAAAGGAGAUGUCGGAUCUCAGACCUAUUAACCUUUGCUCCGUUCUGUACAAGAUUGUCUCCAAAAUCAUGGUGAAAAGGAUGCAGCCGCUUCUGGGUCAAAUAGUAUCUGUGAAUCAGUCGGCUUUUGUCUCGGAGAGGCUCAUUUCAGACAACAUCAUCAUAGCGCAUGAAUUGGUGCAUGGUUUGAGAACUCAUAGGAAAAUAAGUGAGGAGUAUAUGGCGAUCAAAUCCGAUAUGUCAAAGGCGUAUGAUAGGGUGGAAUGGGGUUAUUUGAGAGCUUUGUUGACAGCCCUGGGGUUUCACAGUGAAUGGGUGAAGUGGACGAUGUUCUGUGUAACGGCUGUGUCCUAUUCCGUUCUCAUCAAUGACCAACCUCACGGGAUAAUCACGCCACAGAGGGGACUGAGGCAAGGGGAUCCCCUCUCUCCCUUUCUCUUUGUGUUAUGCACGGAAGUUUUGUCUCAUCUUUUAAACCGUGCGGAAAGCAGAGGAGACCUUCAAGGGAUUAGGUUUCAGGAAGAAGGUCCAUCAGUGCACCAUCUUCUUUUCGCAGACGAUAGUUUGUUCCUGUGCAGAGCAAACGACCAGGAUUGUGAGACUCUGAAAGGGAUCUUGUCAGUUUACGGAAACGCAACGGGUCAGAUGGUCAAUCAGGCAAAAUCGUCUAUCACUUUUGGGAAGAAUAUAAGUAAGGAUCAGAGGAAAAGAAUUCAAGAUAAGCAUCUAAUUGUCAAUGAAGGAGGUGCAGGUUCUUACUUGGGUUUACCGGAGUGUUUCAGUGGCUCUAAAGUGAAACUGUUUGAUUACAUAAAGGAGAAAGUGCAGGACAGAGUGUCAGGUUGGUUCACAAGAACACUAUCUCAAGGUGGUAAAGAGGUUUUGAUGAAAUCGGUGCUUUCUGCCAUGCCAGUGUACGCUAUGUCUUGUUUCAAGCUGCCUAAAGCGACGUGUGAUAACCUGAGAAGUGUAAUGGCUAACUUUUGGUGGAGUGCAGUGGAGCAUAAGCGAAAGAUACAUUGGGUGAGUUGGGAGAAAUUGUGUCUUCCAAAGCACUUGGGAGGUAUGGGGUUCAGAGAUAUAGCAGACUUCAAUCAAGCGCUUUUGGCGAAACAGGCUUGGAAAUUUCUUCAAGACCCUAACAGCUUAGUGGCGAGGCUGCUAAAGAGUAGAUACUUCCCAAAGUCCUCCUUCCUAUCUGCUAUAGUUGGAAGCAGGCCGUCUUAUGCAUGGAGGAGCAUCGUUUGGGGAAGGGAACUCCUGGAAAAAGGAAUCCGGAAAAGAGUGGGAAAUGGUAGUACAGUGAGUGUAUGGACGGAUAAGUGGAUCAUGGAUGGGAUACUAAGGCCUCCGUGGCGAAUGGUUUUUCCCUUCAAUGUCAAUCUAUUGGCAAGGGAGCUUAUCAAUCCUCAGUCGAGAAGAUGGGAUGAGAGGAAGCUUAGAGAAACGUUUUUCCCAGAGGAUGUUGAAAGGAUUCUUAAGGAGCAACCGGAGAGAGAAGAAGCGGGUUUUCUUCCAUCGCUCAAUGACCUCAAAAUGAGAGUAUGGUCCCUCAAAACUACUUCCAAGAUCCAAAACUUCCUGUGGAAAGUUCUAAGUGGAGCGGUUUCAGUGGUGGACAAACUCAAGGAGAGAGGAAUGGUUAUCGAUUCCAUCUGUCAAGCUUGCGGUAUGCCAGGUGAAUCUAUUAACCACGUUCUUUUUUCUUGCUCCAUUUCAAGACAAAUUUGGGCCAUGAGUGAUUUCCCGUUUCCGGAGAAUGGGUUUGGGGAGUCGAUUUAUGCGAAUAUUCACCAUCUGAUGAGCCAGUGUCAAAAUGAGAGAGUGCAUAGUGAGAUUAAGAAAAGGUUCCCUUGGGUCUUAUGGUUCAUUUGGAAAAAUAGGAAUUUCUUCUUGUUUGAAAACAAAUCUCUGGACACAAGAACUAUCAUGGGAAAGAUUAUAGAAGAGAUGGAAUUGUGGUUCCUUGCUCAAGAGGUAGAAGAAAGAGAUGAAGGGUCUCGAUCGGAGACAGUGGUUAAGGUCGCCAAGAAUUGGAGACCACCACCCAUACCAUGGCUGAAAUGCAACGUGGCCGGUGUAUGGUCAGAAGCUAAACAAUUGGGUGGUAUGGCAUGGGUCCUAAGAGAUGAAGAGGGGAAGGUUCUGCUACAUAGUAGAAGCGCGUGGGCGGGUAUCAAGUCUAAGGCGGAGUGCAGUUUCAGGUGUUUAACGUGGGCAGCGGAAAGUCUGCUUGUUCAUGGAGUUAAGAGAGUAGUGUUUGCAUCGGAGGAUUCGGAUUUGGUGCAGUCUUUGACGAGACCGAUUGUGUGGCCCUCCUUCAGAUUGCAAACCUCCGAUCUUUAUCAUGUUUUGACUAAUUUUAGGUGUUGGAGAAUGGAACAAGAGGUGAGGUGCACCAACAGAGGGGCUUUUCUCAUUGCUCGAAGUGUAAUCAAAGAAAACAGGAUGCAGGCGUAUGUGGCAAGAGGUCCGCCUCCUUGGCUGAAGUUGAUUUUCGAUUCUGAGAAAGUUUUACCCUCUGUUUGA